UACGUUGAUUCCACGACCCGUGGCCGUGACUCGCACUUCGGGAUUUCGAGCGUCCCGACGACCGCGGUUGACGUUUUGCAUUGUAAGGUGUUGGAUAUAUUCGCACGAGAACAUGAGCAUCCUCGCGUACAACGGCGGCGCCGUGAUAGCCAUGAAGGGGAAGAACUGCGUGGCGAUAGCGGCCGAUCGCAGAUUCGGCAUACAGGCGCAGACGAUAACGAGCAACUGCCAGAAGAUCUACGAGAUGGGGCCGCACCUGUACCUCAGCCUACCCGGCCUCGCCACCGACACCCAGACCGUCACGGAGAGACUGCGCUUCCGCCUGAACCUGUACGAGCUCAAGGAGAACCGGAAGAUUCACCCCAAGACCUUCACUGCCAUGAUCUCGAAUCUUCUGUACGAGAGGAGAUUCGGCCCGUACUUCGUCGAGCCGAUAGUCGCCGGACUGGAUCCGGUAACGUUCGAGCCGUUCAUCUGCAACAUGGACCUGAUAGGCUCCAGGAACUUGGCCGAGGACUUUGUGGUAGGUGGGACGUGUACCGAGCAGCUUUACGGCAUGUGCGAGUCCCUUUACGAGCCGAAUCUGGGACCUGAAGAGCUGUUCGAGACCGUCAGUCAGGCUCUGGUCAAUGCGUUCGAUCGGGACGCGAUAUCUGGCUGGGGUGCCGAAGUGUAUAUCAUAGAAAAGGACAAGGUCACAAGAAGGACUGUCAAAACGCGAAUGGACUAAACACGUUCAGCUUUUAUAUCGAUACGCGCGGCAAGGGUUUCAUAAUUAUUGUUCUAACUAGGUCUAAGAAAUAUAAACAAAAGCUUAUAAGUAUAAUAAAUAAUUUAUAGCUCUAGAUCAA